AUGCUGCGUGCCUUGGUGGUGGUGUCCCUGUGGCUGCGGGUGAGCCCGCGGGCGCAGGGCGCGCCGUGCGAGGCGGUGCGCAUCCCCAUGUGCCGCUCCAUGCCCUGGAAUAUCACCCGCAUGCCCAACCACCUGCACCACAGCACCCAGGAAAACGCCGUCCUCGCUAUCGAACAAUACGAGGAGCUGGUGGCCACCGGCUGUAGCCCGGUCUUGCCCUUCUUCCUCUGCGCCAUGUACGCCCCCAUCUGCACUCUGGAGUUCCUCUACGACCCCAUCAAGCCGUGCCGUUCCGUCUGCCAGCGCGCCCGCGACGGCUGCGAGCCCAUCAUGCGCCGCUACAACCACAGCUGGCCCGAGAGCCUGGCUUGCGACGACCUCCCCGUGUACGACCGCGGCGUCUGCAUCUCCCCAGAGGCCAUCGUCACCGACGUGCCGCAGGAUGUGAAGUGGACGGACUUCACACAGGGCUUUAUGGUGCCGGACAGACCCCUGGAGCCUGACUGCAGGAGCCGCGGCCAGGAGCGGUGCAGGUGCAAAAAGACAAAGCCUACGCUGUCAACCUACUUGGCCAAGAACUACAGCUACAUCAUUCACGCUAAAGUAAAAAGCAUAGAAAGAGGGAACUGCAAUGAGAUAACGACUGUUGUUGAAGUCAAAGACAUACUCAAGUCUUCAACACCAAUUCCUCUGUCCCAAGUGCCCCUUCUUACAAAUUCCUCCUGCCACUGCCCACCUCUUCAACCAAAGCAGGAUGUUCUCAUCAUGUGCUAUGAGUGGCACUCAAGGUUGAUGCUUCUUGAUGGCUGUCUAGUUGAGAAAUGGAAGGAUCAACUAAACAGAAGAUUUAAGAGGUGGGAACAGCGACUGCAAGAGCAAAAAAGGCGAACUGCACGCAGUAAGAACCAGAACUCAGGACGCAGUGGUCAGAGUGGAGCCCUGAAACCGCAAACCAAGAACACCAACCCACUGAUCAGUGGCCCCAAAAAGGCCAUUAAAAUAAGAAAUGGCCAGAAAGAAAUCAACCCCAAAAAAGUAUGAGUGUGAAAUUCCCAAAAGGAAGGACUUUCCCUGCACGACAAGGAUUGCAAUCUGGCUUGGUCAGCAUGUUUUAUUAAUCUGGAGCUC